CGAGCCCCGCCUAGGGCUUCCAGACCUUGCUCCCUGAACACUCGGAGGUGGCGGUGGAUCUUACUCCUUCCAGCCAGUGAGGCUCCAGCAAUCUUCUCCGUGCCUCCCCCCGCGCCUGUUGGUUGGAAGUGACGACCUUGAAGAUCGGCCGGUUGGAAGUGACGACCUUGAAGAUCGGCGGGCGCAGCAGGGUCGAGGGGGCGGGCCUGGCGCUAGGUCCCGCCCCUGCACACUAGGAACCCCAGAGGAGGUCGCAAGUGCCCAGCUGAGGCCUGUCAGCAGAAUCCACACCAACCAGCAUCAUGUCCAUGACACUGGGGUACUGGGACAUCCGCGGGCUGCCCUACUUGAUUGAUGGGACUCACAAGAUCACCCAGAGCAACGCCAUCCUGCGCUACAUUGCCCGCAAGCACAACCUGUGUGGGGAGACAGAAGAGGAGAAGAUUCGUGUGGACAUUUUGGAGAACCAGGCUAUGGACGUCUCCAAUCAGCUGGCCAGAGUCUGUUACAGCCCUGAUUUUGAGAAACUGAAGCCAGAAUACUUGGAGGGACUUCCUACAAUGAUGCAGCACUUCUCACAGUUCCUGGGGAAGAGGCCAUGGUUUGUUGGAGACAAGAUCACCUUUGUAGAUUUCCUCGCCUAUGAUGUCCUUGACCUCCACCGUAUAUUUGAGCCCAAGUGCUUGGACGCCUUCCCAAACCUGAAGGACUUCAUCUCCCGAUUUGAGGUGAUGCCCCCAUCCUCCUUUCUCUUUGAUGCCCCUUGUUCCGUUACCUCCUUUGAGAUGCUUUCCCAGUCCUGGAGCUACACAAAAAAUAACUUGCAUUUAUUGAGUGCUGGCUUUGUGCCAGGAACCGUGCCCAGCACAUUAUACCUAUUGUGUGGAUUGUGAACUUUACAACAUUCCUAUAGGGUGACAGAAUUAUCUUGCCCAUUUUAGAAAUAAGGAAACUGAGAAUGAGACGGUCAGGCCUUUGCUCAGGGUCCCAGAGCCAGUGGAGACUGUGCUGGGCUCCCUGUGAGCCUCUGGAUCUAUGGGCGGCAGUCAGGGCUCUCCCUUUUGUGACAAAAGGAAAAAUCCUCAGGCCUCAUCCAGCCUGGGUUUCACAACCCAGGACACUUUGGAAGAGGCAGAGAACUUUAGGAGCAUGGAUGCAGCUGGCAAUAGUAGGACGGACACACCGUGGCAUUGAUGUCGAGUACGAAACCCACAGGCAGUAUUCAUAGCUACCCCCAGAAGCUAUGCACGAUCGGACCCCCAUGUGGAAAAUCCUGAGAGCCAGAGCUGUGGCUGGAGCUGGAUUAGGCUAUAUAUGUGGGUGCCCCGUUGAAGGAGUGUGUGUGUUGAAGUGCUGUGUGCUGGGGCAGUGUCCUUCCUUAUCUUUCUUCCUCUCUUUUUUCCCUGCAAUGUUCCAACUGUUCCCCCUGUGAGAUGAGUAGCACACUGAUUUUACUCCUAUUCACCGACCUUCUCCUCUGCAUGAGGCAGGGUGUGAGGCAGAGUGGGAGAUGCAUAGAUGACCGCCCCAUCCUGGAAGUGAGUGCAGUGAGAGGCCUGCAGUGCAGGCAGAGCAGCCUGUGAGGUGUGUGUGGCACCACCUGGGUAACGGGGCCAGGGCCUGCCCCCACUCAUGGGGAACCGUCUCACCCGUGCUGAACUUGUUUGAGAGCAGCAAAUCCUACUUUAGUACAGAUUUGGGAAUUUGAGGCAUUAGUCCAACAAGUUUUUCAGCCUAGAAUUUGUUUUCCUUUCCCACUCCCCAUCAAGAGAUCUGGUUACUCAGCUAGUUCCCAUCAGCUCUGGCUCUGGUCCCGGCUGAGUGGCCUUGGGGUUAUGUAAGAGGUGGUGGGAGGGGAGGAGAGCUGAGGGCUGCAGCAUAGGGUCCACCUGGGCAUGGCCCUUUGGGAAUAGGCAGCCCUGGCUCUGAAUCCUUAGAAAUUACACGGCCAUUUGAUCCUGGGAAGAUCGUGCAGAGCACACCUGAGUGUCAUACAGCCUGGUCUGUGGUAGUGGGGUUGGAGAUGAGGUGGGUUAGGGCACAGUGGUAUUUAGCUCAGGUACCAGGUGGGGAGGUUUAGACUUUCUGCUUUACAAGGAAUGAUUAGAGCCUGGUCUGACCUUUCUUUUGCUAGCCCAAUGCACCUUGUCCACUUUCAUCCAGGUUUUGCUGGCUCCUUGGGUGAGAUCUGGGCCCUCUUCCAGGCUGCACGGACAUUUUCAGAUGUCCCCUCUGUGUGUGCAAACCUAGGCAAGCCAGGAACCUCCCCGUGAAACAGGAGAAUGUUGUGCAGUCAGAGAGCAAGAGGACCUCCUGAGGGAUUUGGGGGAGGAUGCGAAUUUGGCAGAAAGAUGCCAGAACUGGAGAGAGACAGAACCAGGCUACAUUGCAGCUCUGUCCCCCUUACUAGCUAUUUGAGUAUGAGGUAGUUGCUGAACUUCUGUUUCCCACAUGAGAAAUGGUGAUAAUAGAUUCAGCCUUGCAGAAUAGUCAAGUGGAUUUUCGAAGCUUAUGUUGUAAUUUCUCUUGGAUAUAGACCACCCAGCACAGUGUAGAAUCUUCAUAAGUGGUAGCUGUUAUUAUGGUAUGACAUUAUUUCAAGGAAAUUGGAAGAGUUAACUCUGCAGAUCUGGGGACCAUAAGAGGCUAUGUGAUGCCUCAGCACUGGAGCCCAUGUGGAAAGGCUGUGGCCAGGGCCCUGACCUGCUGUGUCUGCAGUGGGGUUACCCCAGCCCUCAUGGGUAGCUGACCUUGAGCUCUGGCCUUAUUUUCUCCCA